AUGAGUGAGGACAUUCCGGCUAGCAAGAGAGGACUCUACUCCGAGGUGGUGCACCACAUCGUGUGUCGGGACUCCUCUCGGCCACGAAUCUCAAAGACCCACGUCCUCACUACCGGUUCCAGAGUUCUCCUCCUCCCUCUCACCCGCUCCAAUGUGUCUCCAGGCCCCGGCCCCCCUGCAGACCAGACGGUGGUCAUCGAGGAGUUCCGCUACCUGUCCCAGAACAUCUUCGUGUCUGUGUCCGUCUUCGCUGGGUUGGGAAUCCUGCUGGGAAUCGUCUGCCUCACAUUCAACAUCUACAACAGCAAUGUCAGGUACAUCCAGAACUCCCAGCCCUACCUGAACAACAUGACUGCAGUGGGCUGUAUGAUGGCUCUGGCCGCGGUCUUCCCUCUGGGCCUGGACGGCCUGCACGUCAGUGCGAGACACUUCCCCGCCGUCUGCCAGUUCCGCCUCUGGCUGCUGGGUCUGGGUUUCAGCCUGGCGUAUGGCAGCAUGUUCACCAAGAUCUGGUGGGUCCACACCGUCUUCACCAAGAAGGAGGAGAAGAAGGACAAGAGGAAGGUAAAUGUGGAAGCUAUUGAUUAA